AUGCUAUUUGUCACAAACAAUGACACAGUCUAUGGAUUGGGUGCUAAUAGUUAUGGAUAUCUGGGUUUUGGUCAUGACAUGGAUGUAAAAACACCACUAAUUAUACGGGAAUUGUGUGGACAACGGAUCCAACAGUUUAUCACUGGAUAUGACUUUGUGUUGGCUAUGAAUGAAGACAACCAUGUGUUCAGUUGGGGACACAAUGAUAGAGGACAGUGUGCUAGAGAUGUGACACCAAUUGGUGUGUACUUAAAACCACAACUAAUAUCACAAUUAAAUGACAAGAAUAUCGCAUAUUUUUGUUGUGGUGCUUGGCAUUCCCUGGCGAUCACGACCGAUGGAAAGGCGUACGGGUGGGGCUACAAUAUUUGGGGACAAAUAGGAUCUGAAUGGCAACGAAUUGUAACAAAAUUGGGACAUAAUUGGCAUGAAAACCAUUACAAAAGUCUGUUCAUUGAGUUGUCGGCCAUCGGUUCCGGAGACUUUUCUGAGGAAUACUUACAACGAGUCUAUAAUGAAGUGAAAACAUUAGGAAAACUAAGUCCAGAAUAUUGUGUUCAGUAUUACAACUCAUGGCCUGAAGACAAACACCUCUACAUUAAGAUGGAGUUCUGUUCACAGAAUCUGCGGAAUAUUCUUGAAGUGAAACCACAAGUAUUUGGUCGACAAUUAGGGGAAGCCAUGGAUUGUGUCGAGAACGGUAGAUUUGUUAAGUUAUGCGACUUUGGUAUGGCUGUCGAGCAUUUGUUAGCUAAUGAGAGUCACUCAAAAGGUGCCAUCCCUAAGAGGAUGUCGAGUAGUAUAUCACGUAAUACUGAGUCUAAUGUCUCGACCGGAUAUAUAAGUAGUAUUCGCGAAAAAUUUGAAAAGUUGUUCCAAAACCGCAAAACUGAGAAAUAA